GCUGUGUGAAAGGUAGUAAGGGUUUAGUAGUAACCCCGUACGAACCCACGACUUUUGUCAAUAUCGACAUCAUUUCUGAUCCCAGCCAUUCGAAUACGCUAUUCAAUGCGCUGCAGAUAACAAGCUAUGGCCGAUGAGAGCAGUAGUCUACCGCCGGUGGCGGCGUAUGAAAACGUCAAGGAAUUCAUGUCUGUUUUGAUGAUGGUCUCGACUACCGACGGACGUCAGUUCUGCGGUACUCUGAUGGCUACAGAUCGAGACAGAAACUUGAUUCUCAGUGAGGCGUCGGAGCAGUUGCCGGUGGGAUUUCAGUCUCGGCGAGGAGAUCGGUUCAGAUACGUUGGCAUGAUAGCAAUUCCGGGGAAACAUAUCUUACGGAUAGAUGCGUCGAAAGAUAGUCUGAAGGCUAGAGAGAUGCUAUUAAAGGGAGUUUCAAGAGGUGCGAUAAUAUAACAAGCGGUCUAGACAAGGUAUCCUCCAGGUCUGCAAAAUGGACUACGAUUAUUCUAUGGAUCUGCUGGGUUUUUAGGUCCAAGGGCACA